AUGAGGAGGGCAUUGAAUCCUGCACUCGCCAAGGCUGUCGAAGGGAAUACCUGGCAAAAAUUCACGAAUCCAACGGCAGGACGAGGAAAGACUGCUUUCCCGAAAGGGCCAGCAGAUCAAGAACGCCUCGGAGUUAGAUGGGACUACGAUGGAGAGGUAACCGAUGCGGAUAUAGUUUACCACAAGUUUCAGAUGCAGGCGAACGGUGGGAAAGUCCCCUCUGCAAUCAAAAGUUGGAGAGAAAAUCAUGGCGGAACGCACGCCGUCAUGGCUACUGCCUUGGUUAAGAAGGACGGUACGAAGGAAGACGUUGAGAAGGGGUUGAACGAUGCUGCAGGAUCAGUUCAGACUUGA